AUGACUCCCGACGACGAAAUUCGCGCUGCUGCCCAAAGGGCGCAGCCUCCAAUGAACGAUCCUUCUCGCUCCCAUGAUCCUUCCAACAACCUGAAGCGGAGCGAUCCUUUCCAAUUCGGAUCCCGCUACCUUGAAAAGGGCGACGAUGUUUUCGAAUUCAACGCCUGGGACCACGUUGAGCCUGACGACGAAUUCAAAGCCUACGCAGAGGGGCAAUAUGAGAAGCAGCGCGCUGCGCCCGUAACAGACUUCGACAAGAACCGUUUCAACCAGGACCCCGCCAAGUGGUGGAACCUGUUCUACAAGAACAACACAGAGAACUUCUUCAAGGAUCGCAAGUGGCUGCGCCAGGAAUUCCCAGUUCUCGCGGAAGUCACACAGAAGGAUGCAGGCCCCCAGGUGGUUCUUGAGGUCGGUGCAGGCGCAGGUAACACUGCUUUCCCGCUGAUUCGGAACAACGAAAACGACCACCUCAAGGUGCACGCUUGUGAUUUCUCAAAGUACGCCGUUAAGGUGAUGCGUGAGAGUGAGCACUAUAACGAGAAGUACAUGGUCGCUGACGUCUGGGAUGUCGCUGCUGAGCCGGAUGAGAACGGUGAUUACCUACCUCCGGGGUUGACGGAAGGCUCUGUCGACGUUGUCAUUCUCAUUUUCAUCUUCUCUGCGUUGAACCCUGUCCAGUGGAACCGUGCUCUGCACAACGUCUACCGUGUUUUGAAGCCUGGUGGUCGUGUUCUGUUCCGGGACUACGGCCGUGGAGAUCUGGCCCAGGUCCGUUUCAAAAAGGGCCGCUACAUGGGAGAGAACUUCUAUGUUCGCGGCGACGGUACUCGCGUGUACUUUUUCGACAAGGAUCAAUUGAUCCAGAUGUGGAGCCGCUGGACUCUGGAGAAGGGCCUGCAGGUUGAUACCGAGAGCACAGCGGAGACUCUGCCUGCUGAACCUGAUGCGCCAUUCGAGGUUGUGCACAUGGGCAUUGACCGCCGAUUGCUGGUCAACCGCUCGAGCAAACUGAAGAUGUACCGCUGCUGGAUGCAGGGACAUUUCCGCAAGCGCGAGGAGGUCUCCCCUGCCACUGCUGAAGCUGCUCAGUGA